AUGGGUGAAACUCCAGAAUCCCCACCAUUUCCUCUUCUAAAACUUCCUUAUGUAGUUUUAAACAAUGUGAUUUCAAAUUUCAAACAACGAGAAAUACUUGAGUUUUCAUUCGUUUCAAAGAAAUGUAGCUCCAUCAUUAAGACUUCAAAUCUUUUCCGUUUCGAGAUUCGGAUUUCUUUUGCAAAAGACCUUCCUGUUGUUUCUUUCACCCCUCCUGGAAAGUUCACACUGGGUAACUGUCAUAUCGCAGAAGAUUAUUUUGAAAAACGAGAGAAUUAUAUAAGGGAUAUAGUCGAUAUGAAUAAGUGGUCAGGAGAUGUCGAUGAGAAAAAUUUGCAAUUGUCUCUCACUUGGGCUGACUACAUCUUUGACCUAUACCAUCUUAAUAACAUUGCUGGUAUAUACUUGAGUUCGAACUUUUCUCUGAAUAAAGUCAACACAAUAGUGGAAUGGCUCAAUAGGCGAAUACCAUAUCCGAUGAACUUCUUCUUCAAUGGAUCUGAAACAAAUGAGGAUGGAUUGGAAUUGUUUUUUGAUAGAUUGAAAGUUAAUAUGCGAACAUUAUCUCUUCAACUGACUGUCGUAAAGGAUUUGAAACCAUUCAUUCGCAGGAUUCUUGAUUUGGAUCGUUUUGAAGCAUACGGAAAAAGUUUUACGUAUCCGAUAAAAUGGAUUACAAUGGAUUAUAUACUUUCUUCUACUUUCAAGUCAAUAUAUAUGAGAUACACUUCGUUCACAGAGAUGGAUUUCAAUAGAUUCAUAAAGAGUUGGCUGAAUGGGAACCAUUCGAGACUGGAGUCGUUCUAUGCAGACGUCCAACAAAUGAAUCGUGAUCUGGUCAUUGAUGGAAUUGAAGUUGAAAAAAGAGAUGACAAUGUGAAACGAGUAUUCACUGCGAAAUCAACGAUAUGGGAUACUUAUUCGUAUGAACUGAAUGGAGGAUAUGAUAUUUCGAGAAGUGACGGAACCAGUGCCACGAUCAAAUUGGAACGUCAUGUUUUUGAUUUCAUGCCUCCAAUUUGCACGUUUCUAAUGGUGGUGUGGUCAAAACUAGGUUGA